CAUCACAAGGCGAGUGUUUCCCGUCAGAAAGUACUUGUCCAGGCAGUAUAUGCUUUUCCCCGGAGUGCCUGACAGGCCUGAGCGGCGUCUCCGGGGUGAGUGCCCGCUGUGAAAGGGCCUGCAACCCUCCCAUGGGCAACCUGGCCUUGGGGCGGCGACUCCGGGCCGAGUCCACCUGCGGCCAGAACGCCACGGAGCUGUACUGCUUCUACAGCGAGAACGCCGACGGCACCUGCCGGCAGCCGCACUGUGACAAGUGCAACGCCGCCCACCCCCACCUGGCCCACCCUGCGGCGGCCAUGGCCGACUCCUCGUUCCGGUUUCCCCGCACGUGGUGGCAGUCCGCGGAGGGUGUGCACAGGGAGCAGAUCCGGCUGGACUUGGAGGCUGCGUUCUACUUCACCCACCUCAUCAUGGUGUUCAAGUCCCCGCGGCCGGCCGCCAUGGUGCUGGACCGCUCCCGGGACUUCGGCAGCACGUGGGAGCCCUACAAGUACUUUGCGGCCAACUGCUCGGCCACGUUUGGCCUGGAGGAUGAUGUCACCAGCAAGGGCGCGCCCUGCACGUCCAGAUACUCCAGCCCCUUCCCGUGCACUGGAGGCGAGGUGAUUUUCAAAGCUCUGUCCCCUCCCUACGACGCGGAGGACCCUUACAGCGCCAAGGCCCAGCAGCGGCUGAAGGUCACCAACCUCCGUGUGCAGCUGCUGAAGCGGCAGCCCUGUCCCUGUCAGAGACACGACCCGAGUGAGAAGCCACAGCACUUCACGCACUACGCCGUCUACGACUUCAUCGUCAAGGGCAGCUGCUUCUGCAACGGCCACGCGGACCAGUGCGUGCCUGUCGAUGGCUUCCGGCCAGUCAAGGCCCCGGGAGGGGUCCACGUGGUCCACGGGAAGUGCAUGUGUAAGCACAACACGGCUGGCAGCCACUGCCAACGCUGCGCCCCGCUGUUCAAUGACCGGCCCUGGGAGGCCGCUGACGGCCAGACGGGGGCCCCCAAGGAGUGCAGAACCUGCAAGUGCAACGGCCACGCAGACACCUGCCACUUUGACCUCCGCGUGUGGCAGGCGUCCGGGAACCGCAGCGGCGGCGUCUGCGACCACUGCCAGCACAACACGGAAGGCCAGCACUGCCAGAGGUGCAAGCCCGGCUUCCACCGCGACCUCCGCCGGCCCUUCUCCGCCCCCGACGCCUGCAGGGCGUGCUCCUGCCAUCCGACUGGCUCAGCGGCCCUCCCCUCCAGCUCCGUGACCUUCUGUGACCCCAGCAAUGGCGACUGCCCCUGCAAGCCUGGCGUGGCAGGGCCCCGCUGCGACCGGUGCAUGCUGGGAUACUGGGGCUUCGGAGACUACGGCUGUCGGCCUUGUGACUGUGCGGGCAGCUGUGACCCCCUCACGGGAGACUGUGUCAGCAGCAGCAGCGACGCAGACUGGUACCAGGAAGGUCCUGACCUCCGUCCGGCGCACAAUCAGAGCCCACCGGCCUGGCACUGGGGAGAAGAGCAGGGGUUUUCUGCACUGCGACACUCAGGUAAAUGUGAAUGUAAGGAGCAGGUGUUAGGAAGUGCCAAGGCGUUCUGCGGAAUGAAAUACUCAUACGUGCUGAAAAUCAAGAUUCUAUCAGCUCAUGAUAAGGGGUCUCACGCCGAGGUCAACGUGAAGAUCAAGAAAGUCUUGAAGUCCACCAAGUUGAAGAUCUCGCGAGGAAAGCGCACGCUGUACCCAGAAUCGUGGACCAACAGGGGCUGCACUUGCCCGAUCCUCAACCCUGGCCUGGAGUACCUUGUCGCAGGACACGAGGACGUGGGAACGGGCCAGCUGGUCGUGAACAUGAAAAGUUUCGUCCAGCUCUGGAAGCCGUCUCUGGGAAGAAAAGUCCUGGACAUCUUAAAAAGGGAGUGCUAGUAGCGAGGAAGGGGUGUGUGGCCCGCAGGCAGUCUCUGCCGGGGGGAUCCGGCGCGCACCGCGGGAAUGUUCUUUAAGUGCCAAAAUGUCUAGAAACGUCCCGAGGCCUGGGUCUCGCCAGACUUCUCUCUUCUGGGCCCCUGUUUAGAUACUGCUGGGUUUCGUAAAGAGGGAUGGGAGCCCCACACCGACUCUGGUUGUCUGGGCGCUGAUUCUGAAAUGCCUCUCUCUCCGGAAUAUCUUGCAGCGUGGUAUUGAGCCGUCACUCAUGAAGGGCAGCCCCGAUAACCAGGCCCCGUGGCCGACCUUCGAGGCGACCGAAAGUCUGAGAGGGUUGGAUCCUCGCCCCCACUGUCAGGAGAGGUGUUUCUUGAAAAGAGCCUUCUCUGUGUGUUGCACACAUGCGCGCGGGGGUCCGUGGGGCGUUGGGUGGAACCUCCUCUGCACGAGCACAGGGGGUUUCCUUGUGUGAAGCACUUUACUGCGUGCCGCUUGCAUCGUGGAAGGUCGGGACCGCUGGGGGCCGGAGGAGAGGAGGAAGGCGUGUGUGAAGACCUCCCGGCACAGAGGCCCUGCCGCGGCGCGUGGACGAGAGCGACCAGGCCGAGGAAGCCGUGCCGUUCACCCCUGACCUUGGAGGAGUCACGGCGCUGCAGCCUGCAAGCAGAAUGUCUGCCUUUCGGGCUAGCGGUUAGACUCCGAGACACCAGCCAGGACGACCCUUCUGAAAACGAACGAGAAGAGACUGAGAUGAGAGAAAGAAACCACGAGGGUAGAAAGACGCCUGGAUAAAGGGGAAUGGACUUUGAAAUUUCCUAAAGCUCAUGUAUUUGCAACGCACCUGUGUGCGCUUCAGAAAUUAUUGUAGACCCGGAAUUGGUUCUAUUUUUGUGCUUAGUAUUUCAGCCUGAACGUCGAGAGAGACGGUUUUUCUCCUUGUCCUUCUUGACAGAACGCCGUCAUCACACUGGCCCGUUUCUUAACUCGACGGAGGCGAUCAUCCCCGAACGGCGGGCUCUCUUCGUCGUUCCUCCUCCGCACGCGCGCGGAACCACUGCUCCUCUGGCCCCUCCAGACUCAAACACAGGAAACGCGAACGCACGGCCAUAUGAUUAACUUCACAUACAGAACAUGUUUUUCCUGAGGUCCUGUGGACUCGCAAAAAUAUAUAUAUAUUGCUUUGUUCAUUUGUUUUUAUAUUUCAUAUAUGUAAUAAAGGAAUAUGACCUCCUGA